AUGUCUACCUCGACGGCGAGGACGGCGACUACGAUUGCGAGGAUACCAGGGAGCAGCAGCAGCAGCAGCGCGCCGCGACGGCCUGAACACAUGCUCGCCACCACGCCGUCAAUAUCGCCCUCGCCCCUGCAACACCGCGCUCGCUUCUCACACUCCGCCCUCGCCUCCUCCCCCUCCUCCUCCUCAUCGCCAUCCUCCUCAUCCGCCGCCGAGGCCACAGCACCAGACGCCGACGCCGACCCAGACGCAGAACCUUCCUCCUCACCGGCACCAUCAUCAUCGUCGUCCUCGUCCGACGAGCCCCCCACGCUCUACGGCUACUUCCCCGCCACCCUCCCCGACGGCCCCCCCCCGCGCGGCCACUUCCCCAUCGACACCGCCCUCCUCCGGCGCGAGUUCCUCCGCCUGCAGGCCGCGCACCACCCGGACAAGCACGCCCCCUCCGGCGGCCCCGCCAAGCUCCGCGCGGAACGCACCUCCGCGGCCAUCAACCACGCCUACCGCACGCUCGCGGACCCGCUCCUCCGCGCGCAGUACCUCCUCGGCCUGCGCGGCGUCGACGUCGCGCACGACGAGGCCCUCCGCGCGGCGGACCAGCCCGCGCUGCUCGCCGCCGUCAUGGACGCCCACGAGGCCAUCGAGGAGGCCGUGGUGCCGGCGGACCUCGAGCCCCUGCGCAGCGAGAACGACGGCCGCGUCAGGGAGAGCGAGGAGGUCCUCGAGGAUGCGUUUCGGAGGGACGACGUCGAUGCCGCGAAGAGGGAGGCGGUGCGGUUGCGCUACUGGGUGAAUAUCCGGGAUAGCAUACAUAACUGGGAGGAGGGCCGUCCCGUCGUGCUGCAGCACUGA